AGCCGCUCCAGCCCUGCCGAAGUUUCACUUUUUGUCUGUGGGUCCGCUCCCGGGCCCCGCGCGAGCUUUCCCGGGAUAAGUAGCGCCGGCGGGAAGGGGCGAGCCGGGCGCUGCAAGAAAUUGAAGAGAAUCCUGAUGACUAGCGUGUUGGGAGAGGCCUGAAGGAAACCAGACCAGUGACUGCACUCUCAGAGCUUCUUGGGUACCCUCCGCUCCCAGGUGAUCUGCAGCUGGACCUCUGAUGCCUGAUGAAUUUAAGUGACUAGACAUUAAACUGUAAUUGGAUCUGCCCACCUGCUCUUAAGAAAUUCAACUCUGCAAAUGAUAUAUUCCACAACUACAAAAGAAGGUGACAGCCAAAGCAGAUGAAGCCGCCCUUAUAAGGGUAGGAAGAAUUCAGUAAGACUACUGGCUCAACGCUGGCAUUGUAGUUUGCUGAAUCUUACAUCCACUGACCAUUCCAGGAGCUAGCUAUCUGAGUUCCAGAUUCCAACGAUGUCUCACCCAUCUUGGCUGCCACCCAAAAGCACCGGUGAACCCCUUGGCCAUGUGCCUGCUCGGAUGGAGACCACCCAUGCCUUUGGGACCCCCAGCAUUUCGGUGUCCACACAACAACCACCCAAGAAGUUUGCACCAGUAGUUGCUCCAAAGCCCAAGUACAACCCAUACAAGCAGCCUGGUGGUGAAGGUGAUUUUCUGCCGCCCCCCCCUCCACCUCUAGACGAUCCUGGUGCUCUUCCAUCCAGCCCUGGAAACUUCCCUCCUCCACCACCUCUUGAUGAAGGUACUUUCAGGGCACAGCAGGGAAACCCUGGAGGCAAGACCCUCGAAGAGAGACGCUCUAGCCUGGAUGCUGAGAUAGACUCACUGACCAGCAUCUUAGCAGACCUUGAGUGCAGCUCCCCCUACAAGCCUCGGCCCCCACAGGGCUCUACUAGUUCGACAGCUUCUCCUCCAGUCUCCACCCCUGUCACAGGACACAAAAGAAUGGUUAUACCAAACCAACCCCCUCUAACAGCAACAAAAAAGUCUACCUUGAAACCCCAGCCUGCACCCCAGGCUGGACCCAUCCCCGUGGCACCGAUUGGAACACUAAAGCCCCAACCUCCACCAGUCCCUGCCUCCUAUACAACGGCAUCCACCCCUUCAAGGCCUACCUUUAAUGUACAAGUGAAGUCAGCUCAGCCCAGCUCUCUUUACAUGGCUGCUCCUUCAUCAGGACAAUUUUAUGGCACAGGCCCAGGACCCCAGGGCUAUAACACUCAGCCAGUUUCUAUCUCUGGGCAGUGCCCACCUCCUUCCACACGGGGGGGCAUGGAUUAUGCCUAUAUGCCACCGCCAGGACUUCAGCCUGAGCCUGGGUAUGGGUAUGCCCCCAACCAAGGUCGUUACUAUGAAGCCUCUUGCCCAGCAGGGCCUGGCUAUGGGGGCAAAAAUGACUCUGAUCCGCCUUAUGGUCAACAAGGUCACCCAAAUACCUGGAAGCGAGAACAAGGGUAUCCUCCUUUUGGAACAGGAAACCAGAACCCGACUGGGAUGUAUCCAGUUGCUGGUCCCAAGAAGACCUAUAUCACAGAUCCAGUUUCAGCACCCUGUGCAUCACCACUGCAGCAAAAGGGUGGACAAACAGGGUCCAUGGGGCCUCCAGCUGUUCCCCCAUCAUUCCGCCCUGAAGAUGAGCUUGAACACCUGACCAAGAAGAUGCUGUAUGAUAUGGAAAAUCCACCUGCUGAUGAAUACUUUGGCCGCUGUGCUCGCUGUGGAGAAAAUGUGGUUGGGGAAGGGACAGGAUGCACUGCCAUGGAUCAGGUCUUCCAUGUGGAUUGUUUCACCUGCAUCAUCUGCAACAACAAGCUCCGGGGACAGCCCUUCUAUGCGGUGGAGAAGAAAGCUUACUGCGAGCCCUGCUACAUUAAUACCCUGGAGCAGUGCAGUGUGUGCUCUAAGCCCAUCAUGGAGCGGAUUCUGCGAGCCACCGGGAAGGCCUAUCAUCCUCACUGCUUUACCUGUGUGAUGUGCCACCGCAGCCUUGAUGGGAUCCCGUUCACCGUGGAUGCUGGUGGCCUCAUUCAUUGCAUUGAGGACUUCCACAAGAAAUUUGCUCCCCGAUGUUCUGUGUGCAAGGAGCCUAUCAUGCCAGCCCCAGGCCAGGAGGAGACUGUCCGGAUUGUGGCUCUGGAUCGUGAUUUCCAUGUUCACUGCUACCGGUGUGAGGAUUGUGGCGGUCUCCUGUCCGAAGGAGAUAACCAAGGCUGCUACCCUCUGGACGGACACAUCCUCUGCAAGACCUGCAACUCUGCCCGCAUCAGGGUGCUCACCGCCAAAGCCAGCACCGACCUUUAAAUACAGUCGCCUGCUUACCUGGUUAGUUGGUGGCGCUGAGAAGAAGGAAACACAAGAAAAAGAUAAGAAAAGAAAUGGGAAAAUACAGGAAAGGCAAUCAAGCCAUGGGAUAGUCUCUGUUCUUCCUCUAAUAUUAACCUUUCUUUAGAAGCACAUAGAUGAUGAGAUUUUUUUUUUCUUGUAAGUUCUCACCAAAUACACAUUUCACAUUUAAUCAUGCAGGACCUCGAUGGGCCUUUGUUCCCCAGGACUUCCACAUUUUUGCACGGAUUAUACUCCAUCCCAUUCACUUCUGCAUUCCUUUAACUUUUAAUCCCUGUGUUUGUCUCACUUUUCAUCUGGUUGAAUGGCUUUUUUUAGCGUGGUAUUUGCUGUCGCACAGUUUUUCCUGGGUGAGUCGGCCAACUCACAGGUGCUUUGAGGCUUGAAGGUCCCAUCCUCUCAGCUCCCCGUGGCCUGGGAUCAGAAAGGAUAGCCAUUCUUUCUCUGUGUAUUGAAAAGUGCAUCUUAUUGCUCUAAACCAGCCAUGCCCCUUGGGGGGCUAGUGGAGGGAAGGUGUGCCACGUGUGUUAGGCUACAAAGAAUUUAAGCUGUAAAUUACAUAGGUUAAAACAAGCCCCAAUUUAAUUUGCAACCUAAUUUGAUUGGAAAUUCAAAAUCUCUAGUGACCAGUGGUCAGGGCUCAUUUGUAAACAGAUAUUGGUGAGAGAGAGCCAAAAUUCACUUUUUUUUUUUCUAAAGGAAUUACCAGUGGGACACGCUGGAAAAAAAAAAAGCAUUUGGGGGGUAUUUUGAAAAUCCUCUUAUUAUCCCACAACACCAUCUUCAGAAUUUCCUUUUCCAUGCCACCUAGAUGUAAUAAUACAGACAAACUUUGUUUUCUCUGGAACGUAACAUUUCCAAUACUGUCCCACUUUUCAUCUCCGAAAUACUGCCAUGUUUUUUUUUUUUUAAUAAUAUCCAAACACAACUACCAAAGUUGAGUUUUCUCUGGAGGAAGAUGAUUGUAAAGAACUGUCCUUAUUCUUUUUUUUUUUUUUUUUUUUUGUCCCCCAGGCCCAGGUCCUUUUUGCCUGACAACUGCAAAUCAGAGCACACAAAAUAAAAUUGUGUAGUUUUGUUUAGUUUACUUUAAAAAGACAGGAAAGCUUGAAAAAAAUGUGAAACCAUUUCAUUACUACCAUAAUCCUGCCACAACUCAAAUUGUAUAUCGUGGGGAGAUGUUGUCCUAUCAUGGAUGUGACAUUUACACCACACUUUCAAAGACAAUCGCUGAAAAAAAAAAAUUGCUUUUUUUCUGAGCUAAAAAUAUGCAGAGUCUCUGCCUGGAAUCUUAUUCAAACUCUUACUGGGCAUUGAAACGCUUGCUUGCCAACUACAGAAUCAUUCUAUGGGUUCUGACUGGUUUCUUUUAAAGAGAGACACCCAUCUUUGUAACGGCAGGUUGCCAUUUUGUAAACUAAUCAAAUAUUUUGGAUUGAGAUUUCUUAAACGUUUCUUCAAAUCUUCCACAAGUAUAUACUUUUAAAUUAUGAAGUAUUUUAAAUAGACACAAAAUAUAAAUAAUAAUAUAAUGAAUCCCUGUAUACAUAACACCCAGUUUAAGAAAUCAAAUAUAACAAGUAGAGUUACAUUCCCUUAGGCGCCCUUCCCUGAGUCCACAAAUACCUUUUUCAUGAUUAUAAAGUGAUAAAGUCGAUUUUCUCUUCUGACAUUUACUUUAAUUUUUUAUUUUAAAGCUCAGAACAGAAAUGAAAAGUUAUUUGUGCAUGUUUUGAUUUAUACCCCAUGCCUCAGGAACGCCAAUUACAUUUAUUUUACUUUAGCAGAAAUGAUUGUAAAAAUGGUUCUGUUUUCUUUUCUUUUUCUUUUUUUUUUUUUUCAAUAAGAACUUCUUAAGCCUAUGGUCACUAGUUCAUCUAAGUUAAUUUGUGGCUAUUUUGCCUUGGUCACCCAAAGUGACUGCCAAAGUUACAGCUUUGCAAAGUUUUCUUGGAAAACUUUGUUUUUUUCCCCUUACUUUGCUACUCUUAUCAUUGGUCUUUUAUUUUUCUUAAUGUGAAAUACAAUGGGAUUCAUUUUGGGCAGCAUGUGAAUUUUUGGAUACAAUAGUGAAACUAUAUUUCUGAAUUUCUGUCCUCCAAAUCCAAGAUCAGACAUGCUGAUUACCUCAAAGAGCACUGACUUUUAGACAAUUGGAGAAAGAAUGUAAUUUGCUUGAAUGGCUUCAGCAGUUUGUUUUCUAUGAAAUACUUCGGGGGAAACCAUGUUUAGGCCCAAAGCCCAAUUUAUUGAGAGAUGGAUUUUAUCUCUUGAAGAGCAGUCAUAUUAUUAUGAAUUUUGCUAAAAGAGGAAAAUGUAUGAAAUAUUUAUACUAUAAAAAUGCAAUGACAUUCUACUUGUUUGUUACAUUUAAGUCCUCAUGUAACUAAAUGUUUACAAGCCAAAACAUUUUAGAGAGAAAGUUAUAAGAAAAUGCUGUCACAUACCCACCCCUGUGGCAUUGCCAGAAUAUUGCUUGCUUUCAAUCUUUAUAGUACAUUUUUAUCACAUAACCUCAGAGUAUCUUUACCAAAGAGUUUUAAAGUAAAUCUCUUUUUAAUAUAGACUUAUUAUACUUUUAUAAUAAUGAAUGUGCACACACACAUAUGCAGAAAUAUCUAGAUUUAGAUUUCUUUUCUUUCACAAGGUAUAAUAAGGAAAGGAUCCUACAUAUUUUAAUCCAGGAUUUCUUAAGUAUAUGAUUUAUAUUGCUUUCUUAUCUUUUCUAUUAAUCAUUUGGUUGAAACAAUGCCAAAUCACUCUUUACUCUUUUAGUUAUGUGAAAUUUUGCCUAUAACAGAGACAGAAAGAUGAUAUGACCUUAACGAUUAUAAUUCUUUUGUCUUUGAGUAUAUUGUCUGGAUUAUUAUUUAAAUUCAUAAAUAAUAGAAAAAUCAGAGUUUAUAAAAGAAAGUUUGUUAAAAUAUACAGGCUUUAAAAAAUUGUCAAGAACACAAAUAUUUGGUAAUUCUGUGUAAUGAGAGACAUGGAAAAGGAAAAAAAACCCACUAUGUCAUAGGCACUGCACAUGGUUUCAAAAUCAAAUUUCUUCACUAUCAGGAUCCCUAGCUCACACUGACUCAAUGUGGAGUCUUAUUUGCAAGCAAAAUUGCAUUUAACCCAAAUAGCAUUAAACUCAAAACUAAGUCAUGUGUCCCAACAUAGGACAUCAAGGCUUUGAGAUGCUGGACAUCUCUGCAGCUCAAAGAUGUGGGUUCUUUUUCCUGUCGUUGAUAAAUUGUUUUUGUAGGGGCAACUUCUCAAAUCAAAAUUAUGUCAUUGGCUGUAUGCUGACUAAUGCAGCAGAGUUAACACUAACGCCGUUUUCUCGCCACACAAGAUUCUGCAAAGAUGUUUAUGGUGAUGUUUAAAGUAUAUAAAACUCUAACUACAUUUAAACAAGUGUUUUUAUUUGGGUUCAGAGGAAGAAAGAGAGCACUUUUACAAUGGGGCUCUAGAAGAGGGUUUAUUGAAUAUAGACAGGACUCUAAAAAACACAACUUAACAACAGUUUUCCUAGUUAGUAAAAACCCUAUUAAUGUGAACCAGCCACGAAUAACAGUGUUAUUUCUAUUUGAUAUGGUUUGGGCUUCUCUUGUCAAAUCUGUGCCGGCUGCCCCCUGAUCCCUCCAUCAUCAAGUUUUGAAGGGUGUCGGGGAAAUUAUGGCAGCUGCUAGGGAGAUCAGGGAAACACUGGUGUGACCUCCCAGCCUCUCACCACUCCUCUUGGCUUGGAAAGGCUUCUUUUCCUCAUAGACAUUUCUAGAAAUAUUGCCAUUCUACCUUAGUAUUUCACAUUUGUAGUUUAAACAAGUGAUUGUCCAUCUGUUGCCUAGAGCUGCAGUACAUGUGUGUUAUGAAUGAAAUAUGACAGCAUGUUCCAUACCCUGCUUUAGCCAUCUGUAGGAAACCAGUAGGCUGAAAAAGAUGUACCUCUGCAAAAUGUGCCUGAAGUCCCUUUCUUGAGAUCGCUCUCUCAGUGCACUUUCGUGGGAGACAAUCAGAGAGCAACAUGUAUGUGUGCCUUAUGUGUAAAGAAUCUCUACACUACUACGAAUACUCCAGUGGAGAGUCCAUAACAUUAGCAAUCCUCUCCCAAAUUUCCAAGAUCCACUCAUCAAAAAAGAAAACAAAAUCCAGACAAAUGUAAACUCUUUUAUCUUAAUGUAUUCUAAUAGUGUUUCUUUUCUCCUGGUCUCUCGGAGAAGUACCUUAUGGAUUCCUGAAUUAAGAGAACACUUUUAUGCCAGAAGGUGAUGUUUCAGAUGUUUAGUGAUUAUCUUUGGUCUUACUCUGAUCUUAGUCAGAUAACGAAGGCAGACUUCAGUAUGAGCCUUUACCACCAUUCAGCACAUAUUUACUUUUAGUAAUUGUCAUAGCUUUUUGGCUUGUCUGUGGUCUUAAUUUAAUAGUGGACAGAACCAGUUGGGAGCAGGAUUGAGUUUUGAGUCAUUAUUAUGGUAUGUACAACCGUGGACAUUUCAGGUUGUUAUUUAUGUGACAGAUAGCUAGAAUGAAACUCUUCUCAAGAGGCUGUUGUUUGGGGUAGCUUAUUCAAACCUUAAAAAAAAUUAUCUGAUUAAAGCUCCGCGAUUUGGUGAGAAUUCUUCCUCUUUUCCUCUUUGCCUCUUUUUCUCCUUCCUUCCCUUUUCAUUCAUGCCCUCCUUUCUUACAUUCUGUCCUUCUUUUCAUCCUACCUAUUAAUGAUAUUGUGGCUUGGAUUUUUCACGAGUAAAUUAUAUCAGUGCAUUCUGAUCUUUACGGAAUUAUGAUCACAUUAAGGGAAGAAGACGACUACCGUCAAAUAUAUAUGGCAUCCAUAAACCCUUCCUUUUAAAAAGGGCAUAUUUUCCAGAUUGUAUUUAUUCAUAAAGCAAGAUGAGAUAAUAGAGUCUUUCAGUUUUAUUUUAAUGAGUUUUCAUCAGGGACUUAGAUCAUAGAGUUCUUGGCAAAUUCACUUAUGACUGCCCUACUUUUCUCAGCUAUAUGCAAAGUGAUCUUUCUAAGAUUAGGUUAAGAAUUUUUUUUUAAGUCCGAAGCAUUUUGACUGACAAAACAAUCAUAUUUUUAAGUGGUGUGGCAUGUUAUUUUAUUCCUAAUGAAACUUGGUAAUUUUCCUGCUGGCAAGGAAAAACUAUCAUCCUUCUGGAAUUUUUACACAUAUCAGCAUUUUGCCUAUGAGCAUAAUAUUAAGUCCUAAUAGUCGGAUCACAGUAUUUAACAAGGGUAGGUCAGUGCCAGAGUUUUUCCUAGAUCACAGCUCACAGGCCUGUAGUAUGUUUAUAAAAAGCAAAAAAAGCAACCUGAGAAGAACAAGUCUGGAUCUCUCAGUAAAGCAUCUUGUUAAAAUUCAGCUUUGAGAUUCUUUUGAACUCUGGCUAGUACUGAUAAAAAUAUGCCCUCUGUGUCCACUUCUUUUUAAUUUGUUUGGAAAAAGCUUAUAAUUCUAGGGAUAUAUUUCUACUUUGCGUCUCUGCUCUCACUUCUACUUUCUUUAAGUUUUCACAGGAUUUACAUUGACUUUCCUUUUUGAAAGGGUCAUGUGUGAGGAAAGCAAAACAUAUUUAAUAUAUAGUUAAUUCAAUACGUAAGUGAAUUUGCCAAGUCUCAGUGGCUAUGUUGUUUUGAAACAGAAACAGAGUUUUGUGCAGUUUUGGUUUUCGUUCAUUCGUUUGUUUGUUUGUUUUUAACCUGUCUCCACGUAGAGUGGGAUUCAGAAGACAAAGGAGGGAUUUAAGAAAAGGGACAGUCUACAAUUAAAAUGAUGGCUGGAGAGUUUUUGUAAAGUAUAACUCUGAAAACAUCAGAGGGGUUUUAGGGAUCAGCAAUUGUAGUUGUUUGAACAAGUAAAAUAUUUAUACUUCCAAGCUUACUAUGUAUUGAAAAAUCACUGUAGAUAACAAUAUUUUUUCCCUUGUCAGAAGAAAGUGAAAUGACAGCAGCUGCUAGGCCCCACAACAUGGAUCAGAGCUACUCCAGAACUUUAUAAUGCAUGUCUUUUCAUCCCCUCCAAGAGAGGGGCAUAGCUCAUGCUCAGCCUGAAAGAUGGUGAUACAUAUUCUUGGGCACACCGCACUGCACCCUAAGCAUCUCUGAAGGUUAGAGGUUUCUGCUUUCACUCAUGAAAGGUUUUAUCCCUUUCCAGUACUUGCCUGAUGAUGACAGUAAGUAGAAGCUUUUAGAUCUGUGGUUCUCUUGUUGAAACCCAAUCAUCCACUAAUCUGUAAUGCCAUCCCUAAACAUCCAAAUUAUAACUUAUUUAGACUAGUUUUCUCUUUUUUAGUUGCAAACACAGAAAAUUAACUUUAUCUUACUAACUUUAAAAGAAAGAAAUAUAAAAUGGCCUAUCUUCCUUUAAAAGGACACUUACUCCUUUCUCUAUUUUACUUUUCUUCCCCUUGUACAAAAAGUUAUAGACACUAUUUAGUUAUCCAACAGGCAUGUGUGGCUUAUUUUGUGGAAAGUGGUAUGGAAGAUGCAUUUUUGUUAAAUUCAUGAACAUUUCCUCUUAAAAUCACAUAAAAAAAUUACUAAAAUCUUUGGUCUUUAUUUCUGAUUGUUACUUAAUUUAUCCACAGUCUAACCACACUAAUACAUCACUAAUACAUAUCUCUAUUUCCAAGCCUUUGUUAUAAACAAAAAUUAAUAUUCUGCAAAUGAAAAGUUAUACAUACUAGAGAGAGGAGAAAACCUAUAGCUAAUUCUUUUGUAAUAAUUUAAGAUACUGGCAUUAAUCUUUCCUUACAAUACACCUUUUUAAAUUUUUCCAAGCUACUCAUUAACUUAGGGGCAAGAGAAAACCUUAUUCAUUUAACUCUGAUAGACAUUUAACUGACCCAAAUGGCAGCCUUAUUAAACAACCCAUAUAAUGGAUUCAGUCAACCUGUCACUGACCGUAGCUUCUAGUUCACUUCUAAACACCAGAAGUAGAAUGAUUUACCAAGAAUAAGACAGAUGUCGCUAUAUCGUCUUGUGUUCUACACUAGCAUUGAGGGUUAUAGCUGACCCCAGACAUCCUUUGGUGGUGUUGCCAGACAAAUAUAGAAUCAUGGGCCUUUUAAGAAUCUGAAUCUCUUCUGUUAUUUUGCUACCAAGUCACCAUCUCAUUUCCUAGACCUGGCCAGUAUGUAGUACUGUUCCCAGCAGUCCAUUCUACUAUUAUGGCAACUCUUUUCUACAAAAGUUCUUUCUCCUGCUGCAUAUAAUUUUUUCUGCAGGGCUUUGCAAAAAUGAUUCUAAUGUCUAAAUCUUUACUUCAAGAUCAGAUAUCACUAACUCUUUCAACUCUCUCCCAUUUAUUGACAUGAUGUCAAGUCCAAUCACCCUACUGCUUCUCCUUUGAACAGUUGUAUAAAUAGUUUCUAUUUCACUCUACUUGAUGAGGCUUAAUAAUCACCUUGGGUCAGGCUAGGUGGAAAAACUUUGUUCUGGAGUUGAAAAGUAAAUGGACUUGAAGUCACCCAAAAGAAACUGAUAGCCAAUGUGGAAAUUUCCACCAAGGACUCAGACUCAGGAGAGUGGAAGGCGAGAGUGGAAGGCAGAUGAGGCUAGAUCUUCCAUGUGUACAAAACAGACCUUUUACUUUGUGUCCUAUUUUUCGAUGUAGCCAAAAUUAAAGUCAUUCUGAAAACAAGAAUCAAGGUAACUUGUAUGCCAUCCAUGAGAUUCCCACUUCUUGGUUAAUGUUUAUAAAGUCUCUUUAAACCUACUCUUCCUUUUGUCUCUGUCUUCUCAGAAAUAACACAUUUUUUUUUGCCCAUGUUCCCAUACUGAAUGCGGAAAAAGAGUUCUGGCUACUUUCUAGGUUUAACAUAAAUACGUACUUGCUAAUUGAUUUUGAGAUUCACUUCCAUUCUUUUGUUCUCCGAUGUUUGUACCUAGAGAUGUUGCACUUUAGACCAGGCAAACAGCUUCCCUACAUGAUCAAUUAGGAACUAUUCUUAGGAGUCCGUAUUUCUCUUUAUUUUGUCUUUUUAACCUUUCUAACAUGUAAACCUCUGCGUAUAUCCUAGAAGCUACCCUACAUGGCAGUCCAACAUCCCUUUCUCAUAUUAAUUUAAUAAUUACUAUAAUAGAAUCAGCCCCUAAGUAACUUUGAUUCGGUCCAGUUGCAAUAAGAUCAAACAGGUUCAAUAUGUUUCAGGACAAUAGCAUUAAGAAGGGUACUGCUUUCUAGUGGCAUCAGUAGGGCUUCGUUGAGGAGGGAAACUUGGUAAGAAAUAUUGAACUGACUCAUUGAGUUAAUGUGGAAACGCUGAAGGAAGACUAUUUAAGGCACUAGAAACAACAGAAAAGCACAAGCUAUCCUUACAAAAGACCCUCUACUUUAAGUAUUAUGAAUUCUGGAAUUUCCUUAACAGGAGAAAAACUUUCCAGAUAUUCAGGGUCAAUGGGAAGGUAAAAGAUAUAGAGGAAAUCUAAUUCAAUUGCUAUUUUCUAUCUUGCCUCUUUAUAAUUGUAAGAUAGGAUGACUGCCAAAAUAUAAACCAGCACAUACAUUAUGAACAGGAAGCUUUAUAACAGAUUACUCUCGGAGCAAACACAUGUGUCUUUUGAACCCUGCAAGAGAAGAAGCAAGUCAUCCUUAUUUUCCUAUGACUUUAGGUCAACGGUUGGAAAGGACCCAGCCAUCAUCUAUUCCACUUGGUGUUAAAAUUCCCUUGCCAAUUCACUGCUAAGUGACAAUCCAGACUCUGCUUAAGCAUCACCUGCAUCAACAAGCUCAUGAUUUCUUCUCCCAGGUGCCACACAAAACUAAUCUUUAGUACACAGUAAAAUGUUCUUCUUCCCUUCAUUUUCCUUCCACAUAUACUUGUUUUCAUCUUGGGAACACAUUACUGUAAAAGGGAAGCCUUCAUUAUUAGCUAAAGAUGACAAAAACCUUUUAAAAAAUCCUUAAAAAUGGUCUGAAGGAUUUUCUGAGGGUCAGGUUUUGGAGUUUACGAGUAUUUUGUUGUUGUUGUUGUUGUUAUUUUCUAACUCAAAAGACAAAGUGUUCCGACAGUUGGUACGUAGCUUUUUGGCCUCCCCCAGUGACCAACCCAUGAACAGUCCACUCCAGUUACCUGGCCUGCUGCUAAUGACCUUGAAAUGUUGAAACGUGCCUGCCCCUGAUCUCCACUUCUAAAAAGGAAGAAGUCAAAAGCAAAAGAGAGUAGUUCUGUCGAAAGUCUUUACUUCUGUCCAGUUGUUGUUUGCCAAAGGAAAUUCGUCCCUGGGGGAAGGGGUGACAUUAUGUUGUGGUCUUAGGCAAAAGUGUACAGAUUCUCUUAUCAGCACCCGGGGUUCCCAUGCACCGCCAGUAGUGCCCCUCCCCAGCUUUGAAUUAGAGAGCCCUGUCGGCAGAAUCUGUCAUCAGUCUCCCGGGCAGGACCUGGGGGUGGCUUUCUGAGCUCUAAAAUAAUAAUUCCUAAGAGAGCUUACAAACUGCUUUCACACAUGAAACAGCCCUGGGAGGAAGGUUAUUAAUAGCCCUAUCCUAGAAGAGAGAGCCGAGGCUCGGAAUCGUUAAGUGACUUGCCAAAAGCGAUACAGCUGGUAAGUGGCAGAUCUGGGGACACAGCCAGGUCGUGCAAGUCCAGUGCUCUCUCCAGUGGCCACUCUCAGGGCACAGACUACCUCAGAGCACAGUAUAUGCUUCACACACACUCGUGUGCCCUGCUCAAAGGCAGCCAGGGCAGUUCUCAUAGACCAUUAGAGAUCUCAGGUGGCAAAGCCACGUGUGCCCGGUGCUGCCUUGCCAUCCUGCGUGCAGGGUCUGUGUCAUCCUGUGGGAAACUACUAGGCAUUCUAUCAUCUGAUCCGACAUCAGCACUGUGAUGAUGUCAGUGGGGGAAGGCCACCGCCAAGAACAAACAGCUGUGCCACCGAAGCACACUGCAGCAAAUUUCCCCGGAGACGGUUGGUUUACUUUACAUUAAGGGGAAAACUCUGGAACUGUGAGGUUCAGCAUAUCAACCAAGAUUGUAUCAUUUCGAAUGCGGCAGAGGGCAGAGGCGACUCGGUCCUUAAGACAGUCUCUCUCCCGGGGGUUACGAUUUAUGCCCCGCAGAGAUGGAAAGUGCUGGAGGUAAGCAAUGCCUAUUAUUCUCCUUCUCAGUUCACAUUUAUUGAGGCCCCACAGAGUAUGUCACUGCACCAGGCAUUUCCCAACCACCUUACCAACCCAUGACCUUGAAAUGUCUGGGAGCAAAGGCAGCAGGACCGAAUGCAGCCUCCCUAUUUGGUGUUUGCCCUUUGGCAGACGGGGCUUCCCAGGCCAUCGUGGUUUUGUGAUCUGUGUGUGCUUACUCCAGGGAGUUUGGUACUGUGUUGUCCCCAGGAUGCUCGCUUGUAAGCCACUGUGUAUAUUCUAGAAGCUACCCUACAUGGCAGACCAACAACCCGCCAUUCCUUCCCUUGAGCUGCAUCUCUCAGGAAGAUGUGCCUUUUGAUGGGUGCUCUUAGGUUUUUAUUUCCUCCCAUUUCUCAUUAUAGUUGUUUGGCUUCAAGUUAAAGUCGGUGAACUGAUUGAAAGAUGUUCUCUCUUCAUCUGAGUUAAACCUCCUGCAGGAAACCUUUAAAAUGAUCUCAUCUAGGGGAUCCCUGGGUGGCGCAGUGGUUUGGCGCCUGCCUUUGGCCCAGGGCGUGAUCCUGGAGACCCGGGAUCGAGUCCCACGUCGGGCUCCCGGUGCAUGGAGCCUGCUUCUCCCUCUGCCUGUGUCUCUGCCUCUCCCUCUCUCUCUGUAUGACUAUUGUAAAUAAAAAAAAAAAAAUUAAAAAAAAAAUGAUCUCAUCUAAUAAGCUUUCUAAGCUUUUCCCUCCCUAGAAGCUACCAUCCAUCAAGCCACUCUCUCCCUCUGCUUAUUCCCUGGGAUUAAUGAGGGCCAAGUUAAGUCACAAAUGCCUCUCACUCCUUUCCACACUUCACACCUGGAAUACAAAGGACGUGCCAGCGGGGCCAGCAGGGUAGUACCCUUGGCAGAAAUGGCAACAGUCAGAGCUUGGAAAAAGGAGCCUUGUCUUCCAGUGAGGCUUGAUCAAUGCUCUGGCUGACGCAGUGGAGAGCAAUUCUUGUAGGAUAGAUGGAGUAUCUCCACCCAAGAGCGGGUGAGUAGAGAGAGAAGAAUUUUGAGAACUCUCGAGAAUUAUCUAGGUGAGUACACCUGGGUAGGGACAUCCAUGAGUGGAACCUGUGACAUCUCCUCAGCAGGAACAAAAGGGCAGGGAGGCAGUGAAGAUGAAGAAGCAGCCCUUUAAAAAAAAAAAAAAGGGAGUCACAAACCCUGAUCUCCCUUUACAUAAUGUAAGGAAAAUUAUGAAUAAAACUUUUCCUUCCUCCAUUCUGCAUGAUACAGUCCUCCAUAUGUAGGGAAAACACAAUUGCGUUGUCUUUAAAACACACCCGUGCACGUGCGUGCACACCCUCUCACACAUAUGCACAUACAAGCAUCUUCCAAGAAAGCUGAUCCUUCAAAAAAAGAAAUCUUAUUUUAAAACACUUGGGUUUUUCAGGCCGGGAAAUUAAUAAUUCCUAGACCUGACCCAUUUUUGUGGCUGCCAAAAAGGAAAAGAAAAAGCUCUUUAAAUUUUGUAUGGAUCCAUUUAUCUCUUAAAAUAUGCCAAAGCAAUUUGAGGUGGGGGUGGAAACGAAAGUAUUUAUCACUCCUGCUUGAUUCUCUCUUUACAUCUCUAUCUGUGGGGAAAAGGGUAAAGACUCUUCCUGGGCUGUUGUUAUUGAUGCAUCGUGUUAUCACCUUGGAAGAUGCCUGCUUGCUCCCUGCCAAGAGGAGAGUAUCACACUUGCUCUCCUAACUUCAUUUACUCUAUCACAAGGGAGUAAAUAUUAAGUCUGGAUGUCUUUCCUCACAAAAUUAUUUAAUGCCAUUUCUGAACUGCUUUAGAACAUGCAAAAAGGGGAGAGCUAGUUUUUCUUGGAUACAUGUCUCCUUUCUUUUCUUUCUUGGGAGACUUAAAUCUAAAGGGGGAAAAAAUCCAAUACCUUCUCAUCUCUUUUUCUCUGUGGGUGACAGCUGAUGAUCACUUAGGAACCAUAAGCCAGAAGUAGGAGAAGAGCAUAGCCGGGUUAUGAUGUAUCUGCCAACGUGUUUCAUUCCUUCAAACACAGACUUCAGAGGAAACGGGAUUCUUAGCAGUUAAAUGCCAACAAUAGAAAUGGCCUGAUUUUAAUUUCAAAUAGUAAAAGGCAAGUUGAUAUUUAGGCAGUGUUUGCAUUUUACUAACCCUUCUGCCGAUUUUUUAGAUGAAUGCCAAGCACAUCAGUGUAUCAGGGAGAAAUUGCCAGAAAGAGCCAAAGUGCCUUAGACCUCUCUCAUUAGGUUGAAGCUGGUAUGCACCCUACCAGCCUUCUCACUGCGCUGAAAUGUCAGAAUUGAGAUGCAUCCUUUGAGGAAAGAGACUUAAAACCCUGGAAGUUAAAUCCUGUCACCAGUACAUGUAGCAAAGUAGUUGCGAAAUCACGUUUCAAUGACUUUCUCCCUUUUACUCCCCAUCCAUUCUCUUGGGAAAGCUGAUAAGCAAAUUAUCCAAGAAUUAUUUCCUUAUUAAACAAAGUUAGAAUCUCCCCGCCCCUCCAAGUCUGAAUUCUCCCCUUGUUCUUUUUCAGGAAACAUGAAAUAGCAAACAGAACUAAAGAUGCCACUUGAUUGUCUGAUCCUUUGGCAUGACUAAAAUUAUCCAGUGAUUGAAUGUGCCUUAAGUGAAAAUUUAAACUUAGAUGCAGAAUUUUCACAGCUGGACGCCGUGGUAAUUUCUGCCAGGUUAUCUGUGCAGGGAACCACUUUGUUUUUGUUUUGUCUUUUAAACUCCACGUUUAUCAUUAGUUUAGCAGAUUUGGGGCUCUCUCUCUCUCUCUCUCUCUCUCUCUCUACUGGGAAUAUGUGCAAUUGUGAGACGCACCCAAAAAAAAAAAGAAGGGAAAGAACUUUCUGAGUGGCAAAUCUGUGCCAUGAAGGAGACGUGACAUGGAGAUGCAGAGCCCGAGGAUAGUAAUUUUUCGGAGCUGUACACACGAGCUUUUAUUUCAUGGCUUUGUCACCGGCUUUUCUCCUUCUGUGCCGUCACCUUUGAGAAAUACGAUGCCACCUUCUCCAAGUCUGCCUUUUUAACAGCUACAGUUGAGUUGGCAAGACUUCCCCAGCUCUGAAUAUAGCCAUUUGCCGACUCCGGCCUCUUUGCGAGACUGACUCAAAUCUGUGAUCUUCUGUUCAGCAUACACAUCAGCAAAGUGAGAAGAUGAGCACUAAAUAUAGGCUCUAUUAACUUUACUUUUAGACUUACUGCCUUCAAAAAGUGCCUAUUCUGAGAAACAUAAACGUUAUUCCUACAUAUGUAUGUACACACGGUACCCAGAGUCAUACUGUGCAGCCUUCAAAAACAUACCAUCUCGAAGAGUAGGUGCUAAGAUAAGGGACGCUUGCCAAAUGGAAGAAAGUCACUCAUUUCCAAUAUCCCCUCUCGAGUGGCACCGUGGAACAGGCUGCAAACACAUUCCCUGAGCAUUCCUUGCUGAUACAGCCACUUUAUAUUUAUAUCCGACUGGAUGGUGGCAUACUGCUGAGGCUUCCUGUACUCUGCUACCAGGGAGUAUAUGCUGCAUGGAAUUGGAAUAUUUAGUCAAAAAAAAAAAACCGACAUUGUUUAAGAGAAUUAAUAGAGCCCAGGAUCUGUAUUAGGAUAUGCGUCAUAUGUGUGUUUUAUAAACUAAGCAUUGGUGGGUUUAGAAUGUCAGCACAUUUUUUUCCUCCUUUUAUCUCACAGGCUAACAUCAGUGAAAAGGGAAGAAAAGUCUUGGCUGUGAGGAUUGGAGGCUCAGGGGGCCAAAUGUCCUUGCCAGAUCCUUAGAGCAUCUUUACUUUGACUCCUAAAAAUAGUAGCAUAUGUUAUCGAGUGGCUUUUGUUUCCAUAGUUCUGCCAUGGGCACUGCAAGCACAGAUCCUGCUGAUGGAGCAGCAGCACAGCCUAGACCGAAGGACUCUUAUCCAGGUGUGGCAGUAGGAGAGGGUCCAGGGAAAUAGGACGAGGUAGACCGUGCAUGAUUUUAGGAAAAGGGUUGAAGGGAGGACGUGCUUCCAAAAAAGAUCUUUCUCAAUGUGUCGUCUGACUCAACCAGCUGGCAAAUUACACUUGCCAAGUCGCUCUCUUUCCUUCUAAGUCAUUUGGCUCCAUGUUCAUUUGAAUACGCCUCUCCUUUGGGAAAGAGAGAUGCCUCCAGUUAGCCUCUCUCCAAGGAAGCUCUUGACGUCGUCUUGGUCACAAAGUUAUCUCCUGCCCCACCCACUUUCACCAAAAGGAAGUAAGGAGGGACGAGCUAUAGGAGACGGUUUCCAUGGCACUGCAGUCAGCCACCAUUCUGCCUUCCAUAUAAGGAGCCCCCCUACAUACACCAGGGAUGAGGCUGGAACAGAUUACUGUUGCAUAAUCUUGAGUGUGGACCACCCUGCUUUAGCUGUCAUUUUAUGAGACCAGUUGGCUCCUUGGAGAAAGAGUGAUACUCUUCACUAAAAAUGUCUACUCUUCCUGUUGACGUUCGUUUUCUGUUUUUACCUUAUCCAAUUUCAACACUAGUCAUUUUCUAUUUUUUAGAGAAUCAGAUGUUAGUGCUAGAUAAGGGUUGAAGAAUCUCUGUGUGGUAUCAGAAGAAGUAUUAGGAUACGGGGUUUUUCUCCUUGGGAACAAGACAGAUGCAAGGAAAGAGACAAUAGAGCUCUCUGUCCAGGUUUCAACCUGAUGACCAUGACUAUGAGAGAUAGUUUUGUGUAAAUGUUAAGUGGUACUUACAAGUGGACAAAGAAAAGAGAAGGGGGAGACAGAGGCCAGAUUUUCUCUCUACUAGGAACAAGAACUUCAUGAGGUAGAGCAUAGCCCCACCACGAUCAGCUGCUAGUCAGUAGAACAUUCCUUGACUUAGGGAAAGCCACAUGAAAACCUAGAGGGAAUAUGCCUUUUUUCACAUGUGUGCUACUGACAGAGCCAUGAUAUUCCUAAAAUAUAGGUUUCUCUUUCUUAUUUUAUUCUUAACAAAUCACAUUUCUCCACUACAUCAUGAACCAUCACUGACAUCCAAAAUAACCCACAUGAUUCCUUAUGAAAAUAAGAGCAUAAAACCUGUUAUAAGCAAGUGAUUUGGGUAUUUUCUUUGUAUUUACGUAUUAUCCAAUUAUAUGAAAACAUUUCUAUUUACCUUCUGUUUUUCUCAAUUAUGUUUUUCUAAUGCUCUUUAAGAAUGAAUAUGAAAAUGAUAUUCUUUUUUUCUGUAAAAGAACUGCAUCUCCUUUAUUAUAUUUAGAAAUCCAAUA